UAAUUUACCAAGAGAUUUAAACUAUAAUAUAGUUAAAUUAUUAUUCGUCUUGAAUUCAUCAUUAAUUAUUUAGUCCACGCAAUUUUAUUAAUAUAUACUUUGUGUUUUGUCGCCGGUAAAAAAUAAACAAAUUAUGUUUUUUAAGAUAAAAUGGAAUUUGCAUUAUCAGAAUUAUUAAGUCGCGACGAUAUUUUAAGAAUUCUUAAUGAGCGUCAAUUACCCGUACAAAAUAUGAAUGAAUUAACCCAUGACGAGCUAUUAAGGGUCUACAAGACAUUUGUGAUGCCUCUUUCCCAAAGACCGGAGCGAAGUAAACGAAUUAAGGAAAGCUCCAUUAUGCAAAUUACAAAUAGUAAUUUUGAAGAGCAAAAUAUGCAGGUGGAACCAGUGGCAAACGCAUGUACCUCAAUGGAUAUAGAUUUUCCCUCAAAUAAUAGGAUUAGCCCUGUGGGUGAAAAACGGCGACAAAGAAGAAGCGAUGAUGAUUAUUUGGAUAUGAUGGAAUAUGAUUAUCAAUAUCAAUUAAGUUCGGUUACAAAACGAAUUCGGAUAAAUUCAUCGUGAUUUUUGUUUUAUUGAUGGGUUAUGUUGGAAUUUGAUUGCUGGUUUAGCUGCUCUAUAAGCAGCAUAGUCUGAGAAUUAUUUGAGAGAUCUGCAAACUGUGAUAACAUCAAAGUUAAAAUAAAACCAAAACAACGAAAAAUUUCUAUGGGGUGCUAAAUUUUCAAAGUUCCCAUCAUGAAGCAUAUCUGGCAGAAAAGCAAUAGGAUUAAAGUAAAGCUAUAACCGCAUAAAAAUAAACAAGCACAAGAUAUGGUCAACUGUCGACAAGUUUUAAAGUGUUACAAUAAAUAUUUGUACAAAUUAUAUAGAUUUAUUAUGAAACAAAUAAAAAACUAAUUUAAUACAAAAUACA